GAGUUGGCAAGCGAGGGUGAUGACGCAAGCGCUUAGGAAAACUACCCCCAUAGUAUUUUACGGGUUAAAAACACGCCGUAAACUGGAGGCGAUUCAGUUCAUUUUCAUGUUUGACACAGUUUGUAGCCUGUAUUAUAUUUUUCCACCUUAAAUGGAGCAGCAGGUUCAUCCCGGCGCCUCAGAAUUAAUGUAAACAUUAAUCGGACCAGUUAGUCUGAAGUUACCUUUGAGCUUUUGGCUGCCAGGUCAGGUAAGACACGCCGGUCAUGGCGUUUUGUGGAUUCACAGCUGCUGUUUUAGCCGUGUGGCUGAGCGGGGUUCACUCGGUCAGAGCAGAGGAUCCUUCUUAUGUCGCUGCAGUGUACGAGCAUCGGGUGGUCCUGAACCCCGACCCCCGAGAGCCUGUGGAGAGGAGCGCUGCCCUGGAACACAUGAACCACAACCUGGACGUAUUUGAGGAGCAGACUGCUUUAGCUGCCAAACAGGGAGCCCAGAUCAUAGUGUUCCCAGAAGAUGGCAUUCAUGGAUUCAACUACACCAGAUCAUCCAUAGCAAGUUACCUGGAGACGGUGCCCGACCCUGGACGUGUGACAUGGAGUCCGUGUGCAGAUCCCGACAGAUUCCAAAACACAGAGGUGCUCCAUCGUCUGAGCUGCAUGGCUCGUAAGAAUCGCAUCUUCUUGGUAGCCAACAUGCCCGAUCGUCAGGUCUGCGACAGACUGGUGGACCCCCUCUGUCCACUCGAUGGCCAGUACCAGUUUAACACAGAUGUUGUUUUCAGCAACAAUGGCACCAUCGUAGCCAGAUACCAUAAACAGAACCUGUACUUUGAGGCUGCCUUUGACACCCCUCCGAAGUGCGAGUAUGUCACUUUCACCACCCCGUUUGCAGGUCGAUUUGGGGUGUUCACCUGCUUUGACAUCCUGUUUCGGGAGCCGGUUGUGACCCUUGUGAAGGACAUGGGCAUCAGGCAGCUGGUGUAUCCGACGGCUUGGAUGAACCAGCUCCCCCUGCUGGCCGCAGUGCAGUUCCAGCGCUCCUUCUCCUACUCAGCUGGAGUCACUUUGCUUGCUGCAAAUGUACGAGCUGCAGCUUUUGGCAUGACGGGCAGCGGUAUUUUCACUCCUUGGGAUGCUCUUCACCAUCAUGACAUGGUUGGAGAGACUGGGAAACUGCUGGUAAAGAGAGUGCCUGUCCUGGAUCCCUCUCUAGUAGGGGAUGGAGCAGGGAAAGCGAGGCUGCUAGUGCCCUUCUCUGGCCAUCCCAAAGCUGAUGCAGCAGUAGAGGAAUCAGAAAAGGAAGAGCCUUGGUCUGCCAGUACUUUCUCUCCCAUGCAGAGUGGACCAGAGCCAGGGUACUGUCCAAAAGAGGACUGCAGUGAAGAACCUAUUCCCUUUACUUCAACAAUGAUGUAUGACAAUUUCACCCUGGUGGCACUCCAGGGCAGAGAGGGGAAUCUGACAGUGUGCGAUGGAUCAUUCUGCUGCCACCUGCUGUUCCAGAGGAGGACUGCCGAAGGAGAGCUGUAUGCACUGGGGGCAUUUAAUGGGCUCCAUGUGGUCCAUGGGACGUACUACUUGGAAGUGUGUGCCUUGGUCAGAUGUAUAGGGCUAGAGAAGGAGAGCUGCGGAGGAGAAACUGAGCAUGCUCAGACCCUGGUCGACUUCCACAUGCAUGGGACCUUCAGCUCUGAAUAUGUCUAUGCUGGAGUGCUGGGUAGUGGCAUGACCACGGACCGCCCUGACCGUUCCGGCUGGGGGAGCAAUGGCACAUUCUACAUGACCAGAACAGGAAUGACCACUGGACUGGUGACAGCAGUAUUGUAUGGGAGAGUGUAUGAGAAGGACAGUAUGUAAGCAGCAUAGGAACAGUUUGGCAGAUCAAAUUUACACAAGUUUCACAUUUGAUUUUUUUUUUUGCUGGGCUAUUGCUUUACAGGGGAAUUCCACCUGCUUUUUUCACAAUUUAUGAGUAAUUAAAUUUAUGUACACAAAGUCA